ACCCGCCGUGACGGCCAGGGAGCGCCUGUUUGACUUUCCGAAGCCUCUCGUCGAGGAGACGAUGCCCGAAAUCUUGCCUAAAUCUCAGAAGGAGAAGCUCGAUAGCAAACGGCCGCCGGCAAAGUUGGCACGCGACGAUAGUAAAAUUCAGUCUUUGAAGUCAACAUCGUUGUCGUCGGCGGCGGCGGUGGCGGCGAUGGCGGACAGUAGUCGUUCGUCGUCCUCAAAGUCCAGUAAAGAGAAACCCGCAGUCAAAUCCGCAGCGCGCAAGAAAGGGACGAGUUUACAACCUAGCGCGAAGGUUGCCGCACCGUCGCACAAGCAGAAGCCACCAAGCAGGGCUUCUGUUGAGAAGGGCAAGGAGAAAACGUUGCAUGUAUCUACUGCGCCUAAAGAGAGGGAAAGAUCUGAAAAGGAGGCAGAGUCGAAAGAACGUGCACCACCUCUCUCAAAGGAGAAACUGGAAUCUGUCGACAAGUCCGAUAAGCUGGAACCUACCGAUGGAGAUUCUUUUCCCUUGUCGAAAGGCAAGGAUAAGGUGCCUCGUGAGCUUCGGGGCUUGGAGAUAUGGCCUCACAUGCUGACCACAAAGUCAGAGCUCGCUAAAAUUCAGAAGGAGCGAGAAGAGAAGGGUGAGGUUGACUCCUCAGUCAGGACUAGCAAAAAGGAAGCUGAGGCAGCUAUUCGAAGCAGUAAGAAGAGGCACGACAGCUUAAGUAGCAGUCGAGACAGGCAUGAUAGUAAGAGUAGUACGCUGGAAGGCCUGGAUAACAGCCGAGACAGACACAGUAGUAAGAGCAGUACAUCGGAAAAGCAAGAUAGUAAAAGUAGUAAAUCAGAAAGGCCCGACAGUGAAAUCUUUGCAACAGAUGAGGAUAAAAGCAAUACAGUUGACAAACAAGAGAGUAGAAGCAGUACAAAAGACAGGCUUCAGGGCAGCAGCAGUAGCAAAGAGAAGCUUGAAACUAGUAGCAGUAGUAAGGAGAAGCUUAGCAGUAGAACAAGUACAAAGGACAGGCGUGACAGUAGAAACGGUACGAAAGACCGGCUGGCCAGCAAAAGCAGUACAAAAGAUGUGUUUGACAGCAGGAACAGUAGCAAGGAAAGGCUCGACAACAGAAGUAGUAGCAAGGAUAGACUCGACAGAAUCAGCACGACAGAGCGGCAAAAAUCUAGAGAACGGCAUGAUAGUAAAAGUAGAGUGUCUACCAAGAGCAGCAGCAAAAGUAACAGCAACGAAAACCACGACGCCAACAGCAGCCUGAAGGUUUCGCCGCAGCAAGUAAAGAAGAAUAGCAAAUCCGAGAGAUCAACGCGAAGUCCAAAAUCAAGUACACAAUCUAGCAAUAAAGACACGCAUGCGAAAGAGAACGCCGACGCGCUGAGAGCCACUAGAGGUAAGAAGGCGCUGGCUAGCAAACGGACUGUCGACCAAUCCGACACGCCAACUCAGCACGAGCCAGUAAAGACAACGGAACGUGCCAGUAAAGACAAGCCCGAGGUCGUCGCCGAGGCGGGAGAGACUCCCGACACGCCGGCUAGGUCCAGCGAGAAGCGCAAGCAUCCGCCGGCGAAGUCGAGCAAGAGCAAGCACGCGACGACACCCAGGGAGACGAAACCCUGCGGCAAGCCGGUCGAGGAGAAGGUGGGAGAGAGGAAGGAGGAGAAGGUGGGAGAGAUGACGGAGGAGAAGGUGGGAGAGAGGAAGGAGGAGAAGGUGGGAGAGAGGAAGGAG